AUGGGGAGUCUGCCCAGCCGGGAGAAGCCGCUCGGCAUCCCCCCUGCAGUUGCUGGCACCAUGCAGCCCACACAGGCAGCCCCCAGCGGCUUCCUGGCCCUGGCCCUCUGUGACUUCCCCUCCAGUGCGGGGUCAGCCGCUGUCCUGAGGAUGGGGGAACAGCUCCACAUCCUCUCCGAGGACGGGGACUGGUGGCUGGUGGCAUCCAAGGUGUCUGGCAAGGAGUGCCACAUCCCCAGCAGCUGCGUAGCCAAGGUCAGGCACAGGUGGCUGUACGAGGGUGUCAGCCGGCAGAAGGCAGAGGAGCUGCUGCUCCGGCAAGGCAACCACAGCGGGUCCUUCCUGAUACGGGAGAGCCAGACCAGGCAAGGCUGCUACUCGCUGUCGGUGCGCCGCAGCGAGCGUGCCGCCUGGGACUUGGUGACACACUACCGCAUCCACCGCCUGGAAAACGGCUGGCUCUACAUCUCACCCCGGCUCACCUUCCCCAACCUGCACGACCUGGUGGACCACUACUCUGAGUUCGGAGAGGGGCUGUGCUGCCCACUCAGGGAGCCCUGUGCCCUGGAAGGGGUGAGGGCGGCCCCAGUCCCUGCCCUGCCUGCUGUUGUGAAGAAGCCAUCACUCAACUGGGACAAGAUCGACAGCUCCCUCCUGUUGUCGGAGUCUACGUCCCCGCCAGAAGAGGAGCAGGAGGACUCCCCCAUCAGCCUGGGCCUGCGGGAAGCCAUCAGCUCCUACCUCCUCCUGACAGAGACCGCCGCCCCUGAGCUCGGCCCUGCAAAGAAGGGGGCGAAGAGCAGCUGAGGGGAGGGUGCUGCUUGGCUGCAGCCCCGGGGCAGACGCCCGGCUCUCGCUACAGCGUUCAUCUGGUUUCAGCCACGAUCGUUCAUCGAUGCUGGGGGAGCUGGGGGCCACUGACCUGGAGACAGGACAGCUGCGACCAAGGUGGGAACAGGCACGCACGGAUGCUGGAGGAAGGGGCUGCCUGAGGGCCCCUCCUCCCCAAAGCCAGGCACUUUGGGAUGUGGUAUUUGAGCACCCCAAGCAGCACCCAGCACCCAUGGGAGAAGAAAGCAGAGGCUGUACAUAGAAGGAGCCCUGCCCGCCCCGUGGGCUGCAACAGGGCCCUGCUGCAUCUGCGCUCCCACAGCAGCAGGGAAGUGGGAUGCAAAUGCCCAAGAAGCUGAAGCCUGGCCCAGGUAGGGGAAGAGCCGAUGCAGCCCAGAUGCCUCAACUUCAUGCACAAACUUUUUUGGGGUGGGGUGUCCAUGCAGGACUGGGCCUGUGACGCAGACCCUUGUGCUCUCACCCACUCGUAACUCAACUCCUCUGCUUUUUGGGACCAGCAGAACAGCAGCCAGGAGGAAACCAGCCUCAUACUGCAUCCGAAGUAGCUGAUUUUUAAACCUUUUAACAUAUGGAUUGUACUGGGUUUAAGGUCAAUAAAACAGGAUCCU